GCUCGGUCUAGUGCCUGCCGCCUGUUGAGAGCCAUGACAGAUGGAAAGGGAGCGUAUGGCUCAAACACUUCCAUCUUUGACCGUACCGCCAGUUGUCUUCCCAAAAUAGCCUGCACUCCACGGCCUUAUAUGUGCAGGCCUCCAGCAUGUGCCUGAGGAGGCAUCAUGUAUCUGGGCCACACAAUACGGGCUGCAGGCUCAUUGUUGCUGCUCACCAGCAGGCCUAUCGCAGCCACAGGGACGAGGCCUGUCUUUCUGUCUUGGGACGACUCACUAUGCAUCUCAUCCAGCUCAACCACGAAUGUCUCCUCCACCUUUUCUCCUUCUUAGACAAGGACAGCCGGAAAAGUUUGUCCUCGACCUGUCAUCAGCUGCGUGAAGUCUUCCUGGACCCCUGCCUCUGGACUCUACUCCACUUCAGCUCCCCGUGUCAGCUGACGAGGGACAACUUUGUGCUGGGACCUUCACUGCGCUUCUUGACAGUUUGCUGGUACUCCAGCAGGGUCCUGCAGGUGUGCAACAUUGAGGACUGGUUAAAGAGCUCGUUUCAGAAGGACAUCUGCAGCAAACAUGAGAACCUGGUCAGCACUUUCCUGGCCCAUGUCUGUCACAUGUGUCCCAACCUGCUCUGGCUAACCCUGGCCGGCUGCGGACACAUCACUGACCAGGAUGUGAUCUCCUUGCUGCAGAGCUGCAGGAAGCUGAGAUGCCUCCAUCUGGAGAACUGCGUGCGCAUCACCGACCGCAGCCUGGAGGGUGUGGCGGCUCAUGGAGCGAGCCUGGAAGAGGUAAAGGUGGACUUCUGCAGGAACAUCACACAGGCAGGGCUGCGGGCCGUCAGAGAAAAGAGGCCUGACAUCCAGCUGAGUGCAGAGAGGAGUGCUGAUAUGAUCCCAGACAGCAAGCCUGAGGAGAGGCUGCCGCUCAGAAGGACACUGCAGAAAGUCCUGCUGUUCUCCUGAUGGAAAUACUGGACGACAAGGAUGGGCAUUUCUGUAACUUCUGGACUGUGAUACCUUGGUUCUAAUUUGUAUUUGUAUUUAAUAGAAGUGUUUUUGCAAUCA